AUGCAUAUCAACAUCAAUCUCGUCAAUCAACCAUCAGAAACACUUCUCCCGCCUUCGGGAGCAGUCUGCUACGAUCCAGUCACAAGGAAAGCUCUCGCGCCCGAGCCAGAGCCCCAAACUAAACGACACCUGUACUUCGCCUACGGAUCCAACCUGUCCCCUUCACAAAUGAAACAGCGGUGUACGAUCAACCCAGCUGUCUCCGGCAAACCUGUGGCGAUUGCCAUCCUGCCCAAAUGGCGCUGGCUGAUCUGUGAAGCGGGGUACGCCAAUGUCCUCCCACCGCCUGAGAUGCGCGUGGGGUCUCAAGACAGCGACAUUGCGAACAAGAUCCCUGCCUCGGGGGACAUUGACGCAGUGUACGGGGUUCUUUACGAAAUGGACGCAGGUGAUGAGUUCAUUCUAGACGGUUAUGAAGGUGUAGACCACCAAGCGGACGACGCCAAUGGGACUAAAGUUCCGAUUGACGUCCGGCCGAAGGAGCAAGGAGAGGGUGACUACAACAAGUGGUAUCUCCCAGCGGAGAUAGUUGAGUGGAUUGGAGGCGAUGAUCAUCCGUUGAAGAUGGAGAAGGGAGCACUAGUUCCUACGCUUGUGUAUGUGGAUGAGGAGCGGGUGAUCCUCGCGCCGCCCAAGGCCGAGUAUAUUCCUCGAAUGAACCGGGCUAUUCGGGAAUGUGAGGCGCUUGGGGUUCCAGGAGAUUGGCUUGAGGAAGUUCUGAGGAAGUUCAUCCCGAAGGAAUAG